AUGUACGGAACUCGCGUCCUCGAUCCAUUGGCUGUCGACCAGGGAUCAGCGCCGAUGAGCAAGACAAAGGCUUUGGUCACUGCCUUCGAGAAGUUCGAGUACGAUUACCCCGAGAAGCCGAUGGCUAAUACUUUGGCCCCGAGAAACCGGAGCCGCGGAGGAAGCCUGUCAUUUUCCCAGAGAGACAUCGUGACAGACCACUCGCCUAAACGACAUAUACCCCCCAUGAAGUCGCCUAGCCCGGAGCCGGCGCCCGCACUCUUUGUGCGGGCCAUGUAUGAUUAUGAUGCAGAUGAUCACACAAGUUUGAGUUUUAGACGUGGGGAUGUCAUUCAAGUCCUCAACCAGCUCGAGACCGGCUGGUGGGACGGUGUCAUCAAUGGCAACGUUCGGGGCUGGUUCCCCAGUAAUUACUGUGCCGUGAUUACCGAUCUGGGCGAACUCGAGGGUCACGUAUCACAGGUUCACCACGAAGACGAUAUCAGCGCGGAUUCGGGUGCUGGCGAGGAUUUUGAGGAGGAGCACGACGAUGGUGCCGAAUCGCCUGCAAAUGCUCGCGACUCGCACCCGAUCUUACCUAUUGAGGGAAAUGAUCCUCCCAGUCAGCAAGAGGAAGCGGCUUUCUGGAUCCCCCAAGCGACUCCCGAUGGUCGCCUAUUCUAUUUUAACACACUUACCGGCUAUAGCACCAUGGAACUGCCCUUCGAAAACCCAUCGGCUAACGAGACUGGCCCAUAUGACCGUAACAACUUCUUCGUACCUGACCAGACUCGACCUCCACCGGAGCUGAUGGCUCGUGGGUUUGAGCGAGAUGAAGACGACUACGAUGGCUCGGCAUCCGAGGCGGAGGGCGAGUCGCUUAUGCUUGCUUCGCACGACUCAAUGUCUCGACGACGCCAGUCAUUUAUGGAUGGGGUUUCGCCUGCCACAUCUUUGGAUUCCUUACACCCGCCUUCUGCAACCAAAUCCAUGAAUGAGGGGAAGAGUCCUCUUGGGCGAAGCCCUAACAGACUUUAUGGUUCUACAGGCGCAGGAAGCAGCACUUCGAUCUCAGAACCCAUGCACAGGCCUUCGGUUUCAUCCCGAGUUUCUCAGCAUUUCUUCGACGAUAAUACAUCAUCGCCUAUCACCUGGUCCUUGCUUGUGGACAACAUUUCUAACUCUGUGGAAAUCUACCGGCAGGCGUUGUUAAGUGGCGAUCGCGCAGAGUUUGUGCGAAAGGCCGAGGACAUCUCCGACCACCUGCGUAUGCUCUUAGCGGCUGGCUCUGAUACCACUGAUAACCACUCCGGAAACCCCUCGAUAAUUUCCGCCAAUAAGCCUCUGUACCAGCAUUUCCGGGAUAUGAUGUCUAAAUUCUCCAAGUUGGUCCUUUCGUCGCACAUGGCUGCUGCUGACUGGCCGGGCGCAGAUGCUGUCAACAAGUGUCUUCAAGAAGCCGACGGCGUUAUGCAGGGGGUCUAUAAUUACGUCGAAGUUGCAAGAAAUCAACGUGGCGAUUACAUUCGUCGGAUAGUUCCCGGUUUCGUGAUGGGUAGUGCCUCAGGUGGCUCGUGGCAGAACAAUGGUGUUUCACUAAACGACUCUGGCCCCACGUCAUUCCUGGACCAAGACGGUGCGGACCUACGACCCGAGCCAAAUGUUCCUUUGGAGCCGAACGUCGUGGACCAUAUUGAUGUCCUUCGGAGGUCUUUUGUUGGUACCAUUCGUCGCGUGGAGGAGCGGUUGACCCUCAAUCAAAAGAAGAUUGUUACCGUGGCCGAGCAUGAAGAAAUGGGCGAAUUGAUCGCCGCAGCUGCUGUCAAGGUUGUUGAGCAAUUUCGCCCCUGGGUUUCUGCCGUUGAAUCAAUCAAUUUGGGACCUUUGGGAACCAGUUUCCAGAACCCUCAGCUCAUCGAUUUUAGCUCGCAAAAGCAACGAGCUUACGAUGCCAUUGCUGACUUCGUUGUUAGCUGUCAGGCUGUUUCGGCGCCGCUCGGCGACGAAUGGGCGGAACUUCGCGGUGACUCGCUUGAGGAUCGCUUAAAUGCCGUCAGGGGUGUUGCCAGACAACUCGAGAACUAUGUCUCUCAAAUUGGCUUCUCCCUUUCGCUCCUUCUUGAACAGGUGCCCGAAACGACCAAGUUACGUAGCGAAAGUCGCAUCGGCGGCGAUGCCGAUAUUUCUACAGGUCUGCAUAGCCGCUCUGAGUCGCGUUCGACCGAGAUUGGUGUGCCGUCGGCACAUCCUCUCGACGGGUCCCCGGAGAAGGUGCGUCGUAACAUGGACAAAGCCCAGAGGUUCUUUGGACAAGCUCCACCCGCCGCCAUAACAAGAGAGCCUAUCCGAGAGCUGGCCCGCGAGCCCGAAGAGACGCCGUGGUACUUGAAGAUGGAUCACGAAGGCGAAGUGUUCUACGAUACCAAAAAUGAAGUGCCAACUCUCAAAUGUGGUACAUUGGCGGGUCUGGUAGAACAUUUGACCCGCCACGACAAGCCCGAUAUGUCUUUCAACAGCACCUUCCUCCUCACCUAUCGCUCUUUCACCACUGCAGGUGAGCUUUUCGAGAUGAUCAUGCAACGAUUCAAUAUCCAGCCUCCUUUUGGUUUGAACGCCGAUGAGAUGCAGAUGUGGGUAGACAGGAAGCAAAAGCCAAUUCGGUUUCGCGUGGUCAACAUCUUGAAAACCUGGUUUGAGAACUAUUGGAUGGAGCCAAAUGACGAGUCACACAUGCAGCUCCUCGAGCAUGCGCAUUCCUUCACCAAGGAUUCAAUUGCCACCACGAAGACCCCUGGUUCUACUCAACUUUUGACGGUCAUUGAACAGCGUCUACGGGGUCAGGAUACUACUGUCAAACGACUUGUGCCCACGCAAGCGACGCCCGCCCCGACUCCUAUCAUCCCCAAGAACAUGAAGAAGUUAAAGUUCUUGGAUAUUGAUUCCACAGAGUUCGCCCGUCAGCUUACCAUUAUCGAGUCGCGCUUAUACUCGAAGAUCCGACCCACGGAAUGUCUGAACAAGACCUGGCAGAAGAAAGUUGGGCCUGAGGAGCCUGAACCCGCCGCUAAUGUGAAGGCCCUGAUUCUGCACUCGAAUCAGCUUACCAAUUGGGUUGCUGAAAUGAUCCUCAACCAAAGCGACGUGAAGAAGCGAGUGGUUGUCAUCAAACAUUUUGUCAAUGUUGCAGAUAAAUGCCGGGCCCUGAACAACUACUCCACAUUGACAUCGAUCAUUUCGGCCCUCGGAACGGCCCCUAUUCAUCGCCUUUCCCGCACCUGGGCUCAGGUCAGUGGGCGCACGUCUGCCAUUCUAGAACAGAUGCGCAGGCUUAUGGCGAGUACCAAGAACUUUGGCGAAUACCGUGAAGCUCUCCAUCUCGCUAAUCCGCCUUGCAUUCCCUUCUUUGGCGUGUAUCUCACGGAUUUGACAUUUAUCGAGGACGGUAUCCCAUCGCUUACGCCCUCCGAGUUGAUCAAUUUCAACAAACGCACCAAAACGGCAGAGGUUAUCCGUGACAUCCAACAAUACCAGAACUCGCCCUACCUCCUAACCCCUGUUACCGAAUUACAGGAGUACAUCCUGAGUAAUUUACAAGGGGCGGGUGAUGUACACGACAUGUACGAUCGAAGUUUGGAAGUGGAGCCGCGAGAACGAGAAGACGAGAAAAUUGCGAGGUACGCCACCGGUGGUAGAGACAUGAGUGCCCUGACUUUCGGGACUCUGCUCAUGUCAUCGCGAUGA